UAGUCCACGAACUUCCGAAGGAAAUAACAGCCACAAGGCCAACAGCUUCAGCUAAUUAAUAUAAAACCCCAAAAUUUUCAAAAAAUUUCCCAAAUCGUAUCCAACACACAACUGAACUGAACGAAACGAUCUCCGGGUCUAGGGCUUGGCUCAAAUCGGAACCAGAAAUGGCGGUUCUCAGAGCCACAACCCCCGCAAUCCUCAGCAGAAUCUUUCAACCAUCGCUUUCGCUUCUAUUCUCCGACCGCUGCAAAGUCGCCGCCGAUUUGAUCAGCUGCAAUGUGGCUUGCCGAGUUCCGCGCCGUCGAAUCAGUUUGGUACCCGUUCGGUGCGCCGCUGCCGGCGGCGGUGAGAAGGUUUCCGCUCGGCUAUCGCAGAUGAAUCAGCUCUUGCAGGACGCGGAGGAGCGAGCUCUCUACGCCGACGACGGGCCUAUUCCGCAGAUUACUUUGGACCGUGUAACAGUAAGUUUUGCUAGAAGUGGCGGUCCUGGGGGUCAGAAUGUAAAUAAAGUGAACACGAAGGUCGACAUGCGAUUCAACGUUAAAAAUGCGAAUUGGCUUGGUGACAGGAUUAGGGAGAGGAUUAUGCAAAUGGAAAAGAAUCGAAUAAACAAGGACGGGGAGCUUGUGAUAUCUUCAACGAAGACUCGAACACAGAAGGGUAACAUCGAAGAUGCACUUGGAAAACUUCAGGCAAUCAUUGAUGCUGCUGCUUAUGUCCCACCACCUCCUUCAGAAGAACAAAAGAAGAAAAUCGCAAAAAUGUGA